ACUCUCAAUAGAUGUUUACCAUUCCGAGGGAAAUUAUAAAAUCCCCCUUAAUCUGCAUUUAUAACUAUGCAAUAAUAAUAGCCCAUAGCAAUAAAUCAAAGUGAGGCGUGAAUACAAUUGAGUUCAAUAUAUAAAAUAUGCAACUUUCGAGUAACCCUGAACGCACCGUAGAACCUUUGUGCACGAAAAUAGCAAACUGGGCUCGUAUGAGGACAAUAAAAAAACAAGUCAGAAAAGAAGGUGACGAGUUUAAAUUAUUUGUACAACGAUACUAUACACAUAUAUUACGUUUAUGAUGAGAGACGGGAGAGAAACUUUCGCGUAACGGAUUUGUCCCUCCGAACCUGCCGUAGUUGUUUUGACAUUGCAGCAUGGCGUCGACCGACCGCAACAAAGUUUGCAUCUCGUCAUCCGGAGUCCACUAAAGCAUCAUUAUUUGGACCUGAGGGGCGGCUACAUUUGACGCAAAUGUUGUAAAAUACAUAAAGAAUGAAUGCAAUUUGUCGGCAUCAUAUGAAACUCUACAAUGACAUUGGAGAGCCUCUCCUGCGUCAGUGCAUGCAUAAAAUUUGCGAUGGAUUUCCGAGGAGCGGGUCAGCUUGCUCUCGGGGCAUUUCGGGGCAGCCCGGUUCCGUCUUGCACGAGAAAUUCACGACUUUCCACCCGGACCUCCGCUGCUGGACAUCUCCAAGAGAAGAACAUCGUCAUCAUGGGUCCACCCGGAGCGGGGAAGACCACAGCGGGCCGGAUUGCGGCCCGCAGACUGCGACUGCCAGCCGUUGACGUGGACGACGAGUGGAAGAUGCCCGUCGCCGCCAAGCUGGCGGCCGUCGGCGGCGGCGAGCGCUUCCUGGAGGAGGAAGGUCAAGUGUUGUGUAACUUCUCAGCCUCCGGGUGCGUCCUUUCCCUGACGGGUUCCAACCCUCUUCACGCCGAAGCCAAGCACCGCGUCAAACAAAGCGGCCCGGUGGUCGACCUGGACGUGGACGGGGAGGACGUCCUUCAGAGGCUCCGCAGAAUGAAAGUGGACAGGAUCGUGGGCCAAGCAGCCGGGCGGUCCAUCGGGGACAUCCUGCGCUACAGGAAGCAGUUUUACGAGCGCUGGCUGGAUACGCGGGUGCUGCGCGGUCGGGGGGACGCGGCGGAGGAGGUGGCGGAGAAGGCGCUGCAGGCCGUGGAGAGAUUUCACAACCACGCCGCGGAGACCUUCGUGUCAACCAGGGCUGAUGGCCAAGGAUCCAAAGUUCUCUCCGGUGACGUGGCGGUGGGUUCUGGUCUCUCCGUCCCCGAGCGCGGCUUCCCGAGGAUACCGCAGGGUGAGUGGUUGCGACUCGUCGGUAUGUCUUAUCCAGAGCGGGCGUUGCUAUUACUGGAGAAGUGCAUCCACCCGUCCGAUUUGAGAGAAAUGGUCUACAAGGCCUACGGGUCCAACUUUUCUUCCGAGGAGGUGGCGCCCGUCAAGCACCUGAUGGACAGCACGUACGUCCAAGAGCUUUUUCACGGCCCCACCGCCUCCUUCAAAGAUUUGGCCUUGCAGCUGACGCCCCAACUCUUCGCCCACUGCCUGCCGCCCACGUGCAACCCCUUGAUCCCGGUCGCCCCGUCCGGCGACACGGGCAGCGCCGCGCUCGGCGGCUUCGGCGGUCUGCGCGACGCCGACAAACGGGAGGACGGCGUGAGCCGCGUCCAGAAGCUGCGGAUGACCGGCUGGAACUUCGACUUCUGCCAGAGGAGCGUCAAGGGGAUGUUUGGCGAGGCGGGCCUGUCGGGGCACCUCGCCGUGCUGAGCACCGCCAACUCCAUCAACUGGGCUCGUUUGUUACCACAGGUGCAUCCCGACGGGUAACUUCCCGUCCGAAAGGUCAUCUGCGCGUCCAACCCCAAUCGGGUCGUGUCGGACUUCGUCAACACGGGCGAGUACGACCUCCGCGGACGCCGCCUGAUGCCCAGCCGCUCCCCGGCCGUCGACAUCCUGAAAUCGUCCAACCCGGAGAGGUUCGUCUACCGCGUCUCGGGCGGCGACGGGCCGCUCGUCAAGGACUUGUUCGUGGGUUUAGACGGACGGCGGCGCUAGCUUCUCGGCAAGAUGCGACAGGAAGUGCAAGCCGACUGGCGCUCGGAACACGACUGCCUGGCCGCCAUCCGGAGCGUUGGCACGGAGGCCGGCUACCUUAUGGACACGCACACGGCCGUGGCUAAAGUUGUGGCGGACGGGCUGCGGGACCGCACCUGCCCCGUGGUCAUUAGUUCCACCGCUCAUUACGGCAAAUUUGCGCCUGCCGUCUUUGAAGCUCUGCAAGUGGAGAACGUUCCGGAGGAUCCUUUGGAGCAGCUGAGGAAGCUGCAGCGUGCCGCAUCCAGACCGGCGAAGAACGGGGCCCUGAUGGAUCGCCUCCGAGACCGAAACAGACGGGAACACGCAGUUUGUGAAGCAGAUUACGGAGUGCUGGUAGAACAAGUGGAGAACAUGAUCCGGGACUCCUUCCUUCGAGUCACGUUAGACCUUCACAACCAGAGCGGAACCUGGACUAAUACGUGCGGAUGGACUUGAAUGAGCAGAAGCACGCAAAGAUUUUUUGAAGGCAACAGUCAAGUCAAUCACCUGACCCGAACCCGAUUGAGCAUGCAUUUCACGCGUUGAAGACAAAACUGAAGGUAAAAAUGCCCCAAGGACAGGACAAAAGUGAAGCCUGUUGCAGGAGAGGCCGGGCCAAGCGGCGCCAAGGGCGAAAUUUGGCGUCCGUUGAUGUCCGUUGAAUGUGAUUGACGAUUGUUCAUUUGUUCCAUUGAUUUUGGUCCAUCAAAAGCGGGUUCAAUGGUUCCUCCGACGUUGACCUGAUUUGCAUGGAAAGAGUCUGAAAGGAAGGCUGACGGCGUUGGGUUCGUUUCAAAUCCUUGCCGGUGGCGUUUCCAGGCAAAAAGAGGAGAAUUGUGCUCACCUCCCAAUAUUGACGGGCCCGAGUGGACGGGGUUGCGACUUAGCGGGUCGUUACCCCGGCGACCGACAAGGUGCCGCUGCCGCCCGCUGACUUGUUGGAUCUCAUUAGAUUGUGUACCUAAUGAAGUGUCCUGCGAGCGUACGAAAUUGCAGCUCGUCCCGGCGGCGAUAUGAAACCGAGCAUUACGUAAUAGAGCCCAGGCAGGGGGGGAGGGGGGCACAUUCAGCA